ACUAUUGUGGAGAAUCCACGAUUAAGAACAAAACUUCUUCAUCUCCGCAGACGGAUACCUUUUCUCUUAAAAGAACAAAAGUCUGCGCUAUGUCCCCGAUCAAAAGAAUUUCUUACGAAGAAGAAAAAAAGAAGAAUCCUGAGCUGAAGGAUUCGGAUAUACAAAUUCUAAAGGAUUGGUGCGCGAAACAACAACAUCUACCGAAAAUUUUAGACAGUGAAUAUGUGUUGUUCCUGCAUAGUAACUACUAUGGCAUCGAAUCUGCUAAGAAUACCAUCGAGGCAUAUUACUCAUCCAGAACUCAUAUGCCAGAAUUUUUCUCCAAUCGAGACCCACUUGGAACAAAACAGCUGCGAGAGAUGUUUACAGUCGCGUCGACGAUAACAUUAACGACGCAGACGAAGGAGGGAUAUAAGCUUAUUUACGCGAGACUUAUAAAUUACGAGCCCUCACGCUUUGUUUACACCGAAAUAAUGAAAUACUUCACCAUGGUAAUGGAUUUAUGGUUGUACACCGAAGGGACUGCGGAAGGUCAUGUGAUUAUUAUCGACAUGGAACAUGUUACCUUUGCUCAUGCCGGCCGUCUUAGCCCCAUAGCAAUUAAAAAGUAUCUCUAUUAUCUGCAAGAAGCUAUACCAAUCAGACUUAAAGGUCUGCACUUUAUCAACACCAAUGCGGUCAUGGAUAUCAUUUUGGCGAUGAUGAAGCCAUUCAUGAAAAAAGAGUUGAUGGAAGUGUUACAUAUUCAUACGACACCGAAGGAAACACUGUCAAAAUUCGUACCUUUAGAAGCAUUUCCGUGCGACAUAAGCUUACCUGGAAAAGCUAGACCGCUGAAGGAAUUGCACGAGGAACAAUUGAAAAAACUGGAGGAUCAUCGUGAAUGGUAUUUGCAGGACGAAGUUGCUGGACGCGUGAACGAAGCUUUAAGAGUGGGGGAAAACAAGACGAUGGAUCUAUUUGGAGUCGAAGGAAGUUUCAAGAAACUUGAUAUAAUUCCACCUAUCACACAAUUAACUUGCUUGACAACGAUGUCGAGACUACCACCUCGAUAUGUUCCUCUAGAGGUAGAGCUCAAACGAAAUCUGGAACUCAAGAUGUCGGAUCUACAGAUAUUGAAGGAUUGGAUGGAUAAGGAACCUCAUUUGCCGAAUAUAAAUACGACAUAUUUACUUUUUUUCUUGUAUAGUAAUUAUUACCAUUUAGAACCGACUAAGAGAACAAUAGACAACUUUUACACCUUGAGAACACAUACGCCGGAAUUAUUCGCCAACAGAGAUCCGCUUGCGUGGAAGGAACUGCGAAGAGCCUUUACCGUUACGGCGAUCGUGCCAUUAGAGCAGAAAACCAAGGAAGGAUACAUUAUGACGUACUGCAGAUUUCUGGAUUCAGAUUCGAGUAAAUUCAAUCAUAACGAGUGUGUCAAAUAUUUGUUUAUGACAUGUGAGGUGCAAAAUCUGGUAAACGGCACUUCCAACGGACACAUCAUGAUUCUCGACGCGACGGGACUGUCCUUUGGCCAUGUGUCUCAGAUAAAUGUAACAAUUUUGAAGAAAAUCUUGUUCUACAUACAAGAAGCUGCUCCCAUUCGAUUAAAAGCCAUACACAUACUGAACACCAUGCCAAUGGUAGAUGUGCUGCUGAAUAUCGUUAAGCCCUUUGUAAAAGCAGAAAUUCUGAAAAUCUUGCAUUUUCAUUCAGACUUGGAGACCGUGAAAAAAUUCCUGCCGAUCGAGGCUCUGCCGAACGAGAGCGGCGGAAAAGCGGGACCUGUCGCAGAAAUCGUUGCCAAGCAUAUCGAAUUACUGGAAGAAUUUCGCGAAUGGUUUCAAUACGACGAGACUGUCGGCCGAGUAAAUGAAUCUUUGCGAAUUGGCAAAUUUCAUAAUGCCGAUAGUUUAUUCGGUACAGAUGGUAGCUUUAAAAAACUCGAGAUAGAUUAAUGUUUCAUCAAGAUAAAUUAAUCCUCGAAAGAUAAAUUGUUAUUCAUGUAAAUGUUAUUUGUCUGCCAAAUGCUGAAAAACAUCUUAUUUUUAUUAUAUCCAAUAAUUCUUUUCAUUAAUUGUGCAUUGUAUCCAUUAUUCAUACACCUAUACAUCCAUUAAUGCACUAAUACAUCGUGAAGGCAAAGAGGAAAGACAAAAUUUGUAAUAUAAUUUAUAAAAUUAAUUUGUAGUACAGGUUGUAUAUAAAAAUAUAUUGUUCCUAA